AUGGCAAACCAAACCUCCAAUAUGAGGGGCCUGACCUCGUUCAUUGCGGAUCUCAGAGCGUGCAGGGUCCGAGAACUAGAGGAGAAGAGGAUUAACAAAGAGAUGGCCCAUAUUCGUCAGAAGUUCAAAGGUGAGCAGAUGUAUGCGCUGCCACUACGAAGAGAUGGUGGGGCAUAGCUGCGUGCGCAGAAGGAAUGAUAAAGCUGAUACGGCUCAUCACUCUCAAUAUCGUUGACGACCUCGAAAAGAGGGCGCGCUCGACGGCUACUCCCGCAAAAAGUACCUGGCCAAAAUUCUCUUCACAUCCAUCCUGGGCUACAAUGUCGACAUUGGACACAUGGAAGCCAUCAAUCUCAUCUCCUCUCCCAAAUACUCCGAAAAGCAGAUUGGCUACUUGGCCAUCACGCUGCUCAUGCACGAGAACUCGGAUCUGAUCAGGCUGGUUGUCAACUCUAUCAGAAAGGACCUGGAUGAUCUCAACGAGAUCAACAAUUGCUUGGCGUUGCAUGCUAUCGCGAACAUCGGCGGCAAGGAGAUGACGGAAGCGCUGGCUGAUGAUGUUCAUCGGCUACUGAUAUCCCCGUGAGCUCGCAUCUUGCGCCAGCGCCCGCGCGUGAGCCGCGCCGCUCUGCUGACCACGCUGCUCGCUUUGUCGACUGUUGAUAUGUAGCACGUCGAAGAGCUUCGUGCGGAAAAAGGCAGCUCUGACGCUGCUGAGACUGUACAGAAAGCAUCCGGAGGUCAUGCCCGCGGAAGAGUGGGCGUCUCGCAUUGUGGCGAUCAUGGACAAUGAGAAUCUGGGUGUUGCCCUCGCAGUCACAUCCCUCGUGAUGACGUUGGCUCAAGACCAUCCCGAAGCGUACACGAUUUCGUACGCCAAGGCUGUAGAUCGGCUGCACAAGAUCGUCGUGGAAGAGGACUACACCAACGAAUACGUAUACUACAAGGUCCCUAUUCCAUGGCUGCAGAUCAAGUGCCUGAGGUUACUGCAGUACUACCCGCCCUCUGAUGAUCCAACACUCCGCAAGACCAUCAACCAAGUCCUCGAAACCAUCUUGGACAAUUCUCAAGAGACGCCAAAGAACGUGCAGCACAACAAUGCGCAGAAUGCGGUGUUGUUUGAAGCGAUCAACCUGGCCAUUCACGUUGAUACAGAAUCAGCAGUCGUAUCCAAAGCGAGCGUACUACUUGGCAGGUUCAUCCUCUCGCGAGAAACUAAUGUGCGGUACCUGGGCCUGGAUACCAUGGCGCACUUGGCAGCGUGCGCGGAAAGCCUGGAACCUAUCAAGAUGCAUCAAGAGACCAUCAUAUUGUCCCUGAAGGACAAGGAUAUCAGCGUCCGACGGAGAGGUUUGGAUCUACUGUAUAGCAUGUGUGACGUGACCAACGCUAGGGUCAUCGUUGCUGAGCUGCUGAGGUAUCUGCAGGUGGCGGACUACGCGCUUAGGGAGGAGAUGGUGCUGAAGAUCGCCAUCUUGACCGAGAAGGUGAGCAGCGCGCGAGGCGGGCGUGCGUAGAAUUGAGACACGCAGCUGAUGUGAUGCGCACCCUCCAUGCGUAGUUUGCGACGGAGUACUCUUGGUACGUGGACACAAGUGAGUUGGGAAAGCAGCAAAGACUCUUGAUUUGGCUUGGACCCUUCUGAUAGGCCGCUGAACAUGCUUGGAACGCCACAGUCCUCCAAUUGAUCAGUUCUGCUGGCGAUCACGUGGGAGAGGAGGUAUGGUUCAGAGUGAUACAAAUCGUCACGAACAACGAAGACGUCCAGGAGUACGCCGCCAAGCAGGUCUUCGAGUUGCUGAAGUCGCCCUCGUGCCACGAGAGCCUCGUCAAAGUGGGAGGUGGGUACUGGCUAAAUUGAAGGGAUGAAGGGAUGUGUCGAGAGCUGACGUGAUGUGUCAAACGCUGACUUUGGACUGAUUGGCAGGCUACGUGCUUGGAGAGUUCGGCCACUUGAUCGCCAAUGAUGACGGCUCUUCUCCAAUCGAGCAAUUUCACGCGCUCCACUCGCGCUCGCACCUCUGCUCUCAGCCGACCAGAGCCAUCUUGCUAUCGACCUAUGUCAAGUGGCUCAACAUCUUUCCAGAGAUUAGGGAACAAGUGAUGUAUGUCCUCAAUCGCUACAGGCACGUCUUGGAUGCAGAGCUGCAGCAGCGAGCCUGCGAAUACGUGGCGUUGGCACAGAUGGAGAAUGACGACCUGCUCCAAGCCGUGUGCGAGGAGAUGCCACCUUUCGCGGAAAAGUCGUGUGAGCAGAAAUCGCUGUCCAGUGGGCUGCUGCUAGGUUGCUGACAGGUCCGGUUCUUCUGGUACGCUCGCAGCGCUACUACUGACACGUCUGCAGCGCAAGCAUGGUGACACGGGAGAUAAGCGGACUUGGAUCAUCGGAGGCAAGGAAGUAAAUCGAGAGCGCGAGCAAGCUCGAGAAGCGAGCAAGCAAAAGGGUCUCGCGAACGGCGGGGCCAUGCCGACAGGGCCAGCGACGACGAUCAUUCCAAGCAACGCCAGACCCGAUCUUGUUACUGCAGGGGCCAACGAGAACCACGCCACCUACAAUGGUGGUUCAGGAGGGCAGGAUGAUAUUUUGGCUGGUUUGCAAGGAUUAGACUUGAGUAGUGGCAACACCGCCCUCAUCUCUGCUGGCAGCAACAGUGAAGCAGCCAGCAACCCUGUGGCAGCUGGUCAACCACUCUUGAGCAUUGGAACAAACGGACGCCUCUCUUCUGCAGGCGUUGUGGACUCACCAACGACAGCAUCUCCCAUCACUCCACGAACACCCUCAUCCGCCACCGCGAAUAAAUCCCUUGCAGCUCAGCAGACGACGGUCACCGCGGCUCCAUCCUUGACACCAGGUUGGAGCAAGAACUUCAACAGGCUGUGCUUCGUCAACGAAGGCGUGCUCUUUGAAGAUCACUCGCUGCAGAUUGGUAUCAAGAGCACUUACACAGGGUCGAGUGGCAAGAUCUCGCUGUUCUUUGGCAACAAGCUUUCUGUGGGCUUCUCUUCGCUCACCGUGGUCAUCCGCUCUCAGCAACCGGAAGCUUUGAGCGUCGUGGCCCCUAAAUUACCCGCCAACACGCUAGGAGCCGGAACACAAGUGCAACACGACGUCGAGCUGGAAUGCCUGGAUUUUUUCAGCAAGCCUCCGUUAUUGGGGGUGGCAUACUUAGCAGGCAGCAUGCAAGAAAUCCAGCUGCGCUUGCCCUGCAUCCUCACCAAGUUUGUGCAGCCCGUGCAGCUGGACUCUACAAACUUCUUCGAGAGGUGGAAACAGAUUGGAGCAGCUCCGAGAGAAGCGCAAAAGAUCUUUGCAUUCAAGUUGACCAGCGCUGGAGAGAUUGAUGUCAAGCGGAACAAAAAAGUCGUCGCGGGGGCGAAUGUGGCCGUUUUGGAGAAUAUCGAUCCGAACCCUAGUAACAUCGUCGCGGCCGGCGUGCUCCACAUGGCUCAUGCAGGAAAGGUGGGCUGUUUGCUCAGAUCUGAACCAAACAAGGAAGCAAAGGUGAGGAGUGGGAUGCGCGUGCUAGAUGGUAUUCAGAGCUAGAGCUCGACGCUGACCGAUGCUCGACACUCCGAUAGCUUUGCCGUCUGACGAUUAGGACCACCAAUGAUAUUGUCUCUGCAGAGCUGCUGAGGCUGUUCACUGCUGUGCUUGCCAUCGACGCGCAAGACAUCUGA